AUCCUGGCAAUUGGAGUGUGGGGGUCUCGAAAAUCCAAGAAAGUGGAGAAGAAAUGCUCCGGCUCAAAGAGUGAAAUUGCCAUCAUUGGUGGCCGCAACAUCAACAUCCUGGUUGGAAUUUUUACCAUGACAGCAACAUGGGUCGGUGGUGGUUACAUUAUGGGAACUACCGAGUCUGUUUAUUCUCCUACUCAAGGCCUUGUCUGGGCUCUGGGGCCCCCUGCAUAUGUCUUGUGUUUUUUUGUGGCUGGGCUGCUUUUUGCAAAACCUAUGAGGUCAAAGCGUUACGUGACAAUGCUGGAUCCAUUUCAGAAUCGCUAUGGCAAAGCAUUCACUGCGACACUCCUGCUUCCUGCUUUGGUCAGUGACAUAUUAUGGGUGGCCUGUAUCCUUGCUGCUCUUGGUGGAACAAUGAGCAUAAUUCUUGGGCUGUCUUCCACCAUCUCCAUCAUCAUCUCAGCAGCUGUCUCCAUUGUCUACACAUUAUUGGGGGGUCUCUACUCRGUUGCAUACACUGAUAUCAUUCAGCUUUGUUUUAUUUUUUUCAGCUUGUGGCUUUGUGUUCCUUUUAUGGUUCUUAGUCCAGCAGUUACAGUCAUCUCACAAACACUUCCACUCAACCAAACAAAUGAACAUGCAUGGAUGGGACACCUGGACCUGGAAGUUGCAGGAAAGUGGGUUGAUGAGAUGCUUCUUAUG